CCGAUCCCACCUCCCGAGCUGAAGUUUGGCAGUUAUUCGCGGCCUUAAAAAAACUUCGGCCACUAGAACAAUCUAGGUCCCUUAGAAAUCUCAUCUCGCCUCGCCUCCCCCUCCCCUCCCCUCCUCCGCCGCCUUUGUACCCCACUUUCCAGGCGCCGGCUUGUCAGAUCCGGGCGCCGGCUUGUCAGAUCCGGGCGCCAGCUUCAGCCACGAUAUUCAACUACUGCGUGUGUUAAAUUCUCGAGGAUGAUGAAUCGUCAGUUUGCGAAUAUGAUAGUACACAAUUACCCCAAGGGAGUUUAUUCCCUGCGCCGUAUCAACCUCAUGGAGCAUCUCUUCUACCCUUCAACAGAAGCUGCCCAAAAAGCAGAAGCCAAUAAGAAGGGAUGGUUAUCCACCAUGUUGAAAGGGAGCCCCAAGCAGCGUCUGCCCAAGACGAACAUCAACUUCUCAUCACUGCCUAACAUGGCCGACUUAACGGCCAGGCAUUUCUUCUCCCUGCUGAAAGGGCAGGGGGAGGGCUCUGUCAUCUUCGUCAGCCCUAACGUCCACACGAUGAUGUACGACACUAGCACGGACUUCGUCUUUGGCAUGCCCCAAGCCAACUUCUGUAAGCAGAGCGACUCAAUCUCCCUGUCCAUCACUCGGCGGGGCUAUGGCCAAGAAUACCACGAGCUCUAUGUCAUAGGCAAAGGAGAGGACGGUGGCUUGUUCGAGGUCUUGAACUAUACCAGGACAACUGAUCUGAGCAAACCGCCUUGGUACUGGCGACCUCUGCCCUGCCCGCCAUUGUUUCCGCAGUGCCUGCCUGGCGGCAACAGCAAAGCUUGUGCUCCAUCUUCAGCGGUCGUGUUGGAUGCCACCACAAUAUGUGCCUCAUCCGUGGAUGCCGGAGCCUGCGCCUUCUUUGACACGGUAACCCGUGAGUGGAGACAGGCUGGCAGCUGGGUGCUGCCCGUCCACGGUGCGGCAGAGUAUAUCCCUGAGUUUGGCCUCUGGUUUGGCCUCGACGAUGCCAUUGGCAACCCCAACCAUUGCCUGCGUGCUUUUGACUUUGAUUCCUCCAGGCAACCAGUGGUGCGGCACUCCUGGAACUAUCUCAGUCGCCUGCCGGAUGAGUGGUUGCCACGGCAGAGGCACCUGCUAAACAUGGGCUCAGGCAAGUUCUGCAUCACCACCAGCUUUCGAAAUCUCUCGAGGCACACCUCGUGCACACCACUUGAUGGUGUGGUCAAUGAGCUUACCGUCUUGACUGGCGUGGAGGUGGUGCGCGAUAUCAAUGGUUUCCAGAUCAUCAAGCACAAGUCUGAAUGUUACAGCUUGGAGGACAAUAGAAUCCACUGCGUGCUCUGAGGAAAACUUAUCUACGUGUAACUGUUAUUGGAUGGAUCCUUCCAUGGUUUUUCUUCUCAGAUGUGAAUGAAUAUAUUUUCUUAGCUUUUAUCUCCAUUGGGAAAUAGGCAAUGGAUGGCUUAAAGAAGAAAUGGAAGCAUCAUGCAUGCUGUGCAUCUUUCUUUAUGAAAUAUUUUUUUGGGUAAAAUUUAGAAAUUAAAAUUGUUGGUGAUGCUAUCUGCUUAAAUUCUAGCAUAUGUUUUAGUUUUUUUUUACCUCUGCGCUUGAGCCAACUAGUAAAAUUUCAUCUUGAGGAUUUCUCCGUUGUUUCUCCUUCUACCUUUAUCUCGAGUGGAGAAUGCGCACCCGCCUUGGCCCCAGCAGACCAUACCCGCGAUUCUUUGUGUCAGUGAACUGUUUUGGUAUGCUCGCUGCUUCGAAGAGUAUUCGCACCAUAUGAUUUUGUGACUUAAACUAGUUUAUAUUUUAUUAAUUAACUAUUCAUGCUCAAAGUUUGACACCAUAGUACAGGGGACUCAAUAUACCCGGACCUGCUUUGAUGCGCUUGUUAUUUGGUUUGCUGAAGAGUGAUGACCAGGAGGCAAUGUGGCGUGGGACAAUGAUGCUCAGGGAGAAUGCGAAGAACAUGAUGUGUAUCUGUGCUGCUGCUCAAGAUGAUGGUGCGAUGGACUGAAGCUUGCACUGAUGUAUUUCCGUUAUUCAUUAAUGAAAAGGGGUGAUGUGCGGUUCAAAAAAAAAAGUAUUAACAUUGCUGAUGUAAGGAUGGUCGGCACAGCUGCGGGUGAAACGUGACUAAUAUAUAUCCUGUGUGUUUGAGCUGAGAACUCACCUUGCUCCGUUAUUGGUAUUUGGUAGAGGUGACAGUUGUAUUUGUGGGGCUUGGCAGAUAGGAUUAAAAUUACAUGUGUGUAACUGUAGGCACAGGAAUUGCGAUUGCUUGGAAAAUAGUGGUCGAUUUUGAUUAA